AUGUGUAGGAAGAAGAGGCAGAAACCUUCUCGCAGUGUUCAUUCUCGUCGUAGCGUGACGUCUAUCACAAGUGUCUUGGCUGUGGGUGACAAAGCAGAGGUCUUCACCUGCAUCAUCGAUGGAGUUCCAGCUCAACUCCAGGAAGACACAGGCUCAUAUUAUACAAUCCUUGGAAGAAACGCUUGGCUGAAGUUGGGGAAGCCAAAACUCGCGCCGGCGCAUCAGAAACUCAGGGUACUUACCGAUCACAGCAUACCUUUGAAAGGCCAACGUUCAGUGGAGGUAACCGUUGCGGGACAAACCCACGAGCUCCAAGCACUUUUUGCAGAAUUUGAUGGUAUGAGCUUACUUGGCAAAGAAUGGAUCCGCGUGCUGAAGCUAGACCUCAACGCCAUGUUUGUUGGGCGUAUCCGCGAUCCUCAGCCAGACCUCUCGGACAUUCUGUGCCAGCACGACAAGCUUUUCGAGGAGGGAAUAGGACGGUGCUCGAAGGUCAAGGUCCACCUACAGUUUCAGUCAGAAGCGAGACCGAAAUUUUGCAAAGCCAGGCCUAUUCCGUUUGCGCUUCGUGACGCAGUGGAGAAAGAUCUUCAGAGACACGUCAGUAACGGAGUCUUGACGCCAGUUGAAGUGUCGCAAUGGGCAACACCAAUUGUAGUCGUUCCCAUACCGAACAGGGCGGAUGCCUUUUGGGAUAUCGUCAGCCCCCGCUAUAUUCCAGAGAACAAUAGAACAGGUCACUGCUGGGGUAGAGGGCGUGGUGGUUAUCUCGACGACAUCAUCGUAACUGGAAGAACCGAGGCCGAACAUCUGCACCACCUGGAACAGGUCUUGCGAAGGCUUCGUGCAUAUGGCUUUCGCCUCAAGAAACAAAAAUGUGAAUUCCUCAAAACAGAAGUGGAAUAUCUUGGACAAAUCGUUUCAGCAGAUGGCUUCAAACAAUCACCGAAAAAGGUGUCAGCUCUGCUGGACAUGCCAGAACCAGCCAACGAUCCUUGCGCACCGCUCAAUCAACUUCUGCGGAAUAAUGUGCCUUGGGAGUGGUCAUCAGGUCGCGCCCAGGCGUUCAAGGAGAUCAAACGUCGACUCACGUCCAUCGAUUCCUUGGCGCAUUUCGACCCUAGUCAAACUCUCUACAUGGCUGCUGACGCUUCCUCGAUAGGCGUUUUCGCAGUGAUUUACCAUAAAGUCAAUGGUAUUGAUAAAAUUCCGCUGAAAGCGUCUGCAAUUGCCAAGGCCAGUGCUUCAGACCUGAUCCUUUCUAAGGUCUACCAUUACAUCAUGGAAGGUUGGCCUUCUCAUGAACGGGACCUCGAGCUUCAACCCUACUACCUGCGCAACACUGAGCUGACAACAGAAAAGGGUUGCAUCGUAUGGGGCAUACGCGUUGUCGUCCCGUCCCAGCAUCGCAACACUGUCCUCAGCCUACUUCAUGAUGGCCACAUUGGGCAAACAAAAAUGAAAAUGUUGGCGCGCUCCUAUUCGUGUGGAGCAUGCGCCGCUUCUUCGGAUCAACAACUUCCAGUUCCUCUUCACCAAUGGGAGGUUCCGAAAGAACCGUGGUAUCGCCUUCACUCUGAGUUCGCAGAGUUCAGCGGAAAAACUUACCUAGUGGUAAUCGAUGCGUACAGCAAGUGGCCCGAGGUGAAGUUGAUGAGGUCUACCAAAGGUUCAGCCACAACAGAAGCCCUUAUGGACAACUUCACUGCCCAGGGCCUCCCUUUCCAGCUGGUUAGCAAUAAUGGACCUCAGCUCAUUUGGGCAGCGCUGAAAGAUUUCUUGGAUCGCCUUUGA